AGGCCUCCCUUCAUUUGAUAUGACAGUCACACCAUUUUUACAACCCAAACUGCUGCGAUGAAAGCGAAAAUCUAUGGCACUUCUAUUCGACUUCUGAUGUCGCACUUUUUACAUGAUCAGAGGUACCGCUUGUGAUCUAAGAACCUAUGAUGGCCUGCUUUCGUAGUUCUUGGUCCUCGUGUUGUGCGCGCGCGAAGCCUUGCUCUCCUUUGGGAAGCUAAAACCUAACGAACCUGCUUAGGAAAAAAAGAGCAAGUAGUCCGCCAGAGCGCUCGUCCUUGGCUCGUAAAGAUGUUAUCCUAUAACGAAGACAUCUACGACGAGGGCGGUGAGGGUGACUACUACGAGGACGACUACAACCCCGAUGCCGACCCGCUGGCGGAUUUUUUCGCGUCGCUGAAUCCCUUCAGCGGUGGUCCUGGGGACAAUGUGCAAGGCGAGGGAGAGGGCCGGCCCCACGACGGGCACAUAGAAAAUUUCGUGCACGACCCAACACACCCAACCAACCCCGACAAAUUAUCAGAGUGCAGCGUGGCCCCUCCGCCUUCUCAUUUUUUCUUUGAAGAAGCAGGGCAUGAUCGUCGGUGACGCAGAAAAGACCACAGCAGAUGAAAUGUAAUGACUUCAUCACACACCCAAACACCGAUAAAAAUUCCAGUGCUCUCUAGAUUCCUAUUGAGUCAGGAUUUCGUUUCCGAUUCCAGAAUCUGUCACUCCGAGUCCGAUCUCCGAUGCCAUGCGUAAUUAGUAGUAGAAGCAGGCUUGCAAUGGGUGUUUUGCAUCAGAAAUGGCGAUUUGCAUCAGAAAUGAGAAUAAGGGAAAGUUGUGCUGCACUUGGAUACAAAUGGUAUGGCAUGGACAAGCACCAGAUGGAGGAAACUGCGGAGAUGUUGAAAAUCGAAAACGUGAUAUCCUAGGCAAAAACAUCCCCAUCUCCACCGAGACCUGUUGCUUAUGCGAAUUCGUAUGGUGCUCGCAGGAGGUGAGCAUAUGCUGUCAUGCGCAGACUUAUGGGAGAUAUGGUUCGACAUCCUUAGCCACGCUAUUUUUUUUACAUCAGGCGUGAUGUGUUUUCAGAGUCAGGCCUGCUACUCGACCUCGGGCUGUAAGCGUAGCAGAUUUUUGUCAUCUUACUGUUGUCGCUGUCUCGUCUGGGGACGAUGUUUUUGCCUCGCGGAUACGGAAACACGCUGGACCGCGUGAUUGGGCACUUGCACGCCGCGCACGAGAAGGCGGACUCCACCAUGAUGGGGCUAGACCACAACACGGACGCGAUGAAGCGGAUUCUGGAACGACAGGACCACAUCAACGAGAACCUGCGGAAGGGGGACAAGAUCCUCGGCGGCAUGGAGGGGCUCACCGGCGGCGGAGAGCGCGCGGACGCAAAGUUUGAGUUGAUGAAGCUCCAGCCCGUCUCGCCCUACAACUACCCGAUAUUCUGGCAAGGGUACGUCUAUAAAUAUUGGUCAAGAUUGUCUGGUGCGAUUCGAACAAGAAAGAAGAUGUUGAAGAGCGCAAUUGUGUAUGCCACACUUGAUGAUGAAGUGUCACUGAAAUAAAUCAUUCUCGAUGCCUUUUUUCGGCGCGUGUGUCCUCGACAGCUGCUAAAGUUUUUCCGAGAAGAAAUGCAGGUGAAACUAAAGCACAGCGUGAAGAUGAAUGCAAGUUAAACACCCGAAAUCGUUCUAUCAGGUACGUGAAAAAGGCGGGCAUCAGCUACCAGGACCGGUGGAUGAAGUGCUACAUGAUGUGCCACGGCAACCUCUAUCACAUGUAAAAAUGUCUGGGUCUGGAAGGUUGGAGCUUGUGAUGCUAACUCUGGACUCUAAAAAACUCUGUAUUGCAUGCUCAGCAAGAGGAGUCUACUUAGUUUGUGCUACGCGGGGAGGGCAUUUGUCAUGCGGAUUAGGCAUCGCGAAGCCCUCUAAAAAUCUGCGAUGCAGCUAAGUCAUGCAUUACAGACAUCCUGGCUCAUGCAAAACAUGCAUGAUAAACCCGGCAACAUUCUAGACCCAGACAUUUUUGCAUUUGAUAGCCUCCUGUCCAUCGCCGACGACGAGGAGAGUCCGUUUUUUCAGGAGAUCAUGCUCACGCGGUAUUCCGUCCUCUUGCUGUUCAACGACCCCAGCGCCCCGCAGGCGAUACAAAACUUGUGGAAGAAAAAACCGGGCGGCUUUGCCGUGUUCCAGGACAAAAACACGCGGGAGCAACCGUGGCUGUUCGACACGCCGAGCCCGCACGCGCAGGCGCAGUGGGUAAAAAACGUGCAGUCCUGCCUCGAGUACAUCCGCCUCGGGGUGCACGACGUCUGGAUUGAUAACCGGGUCCAGCAGGGACUCCGCCGCAACGUCCGGGCACAGAGGAGACUUCUCAAGGAACUACGGGAAUUCGCAUAUUUGCUAGCAUAGGUCGUCCGAGUUCAAGUUUGUAUCACGUGGUCAUGCGAAGAGGAAAUGAACCAACAAUAAAGUAGACCAUGAGUAGAUCGUUUUUUGAAUGCAGAACGAUGCACGCAAAGCCAAAGAACAGCAAGUAGACGCAACAAUUUUUUUAUAGGACCUGUGUCAGCAGAAACCAGUAUUGUUCUGCGAGAACAACGAUGCACCCUACCUAAGGCGCCGCAAGAACUUCUAGACCUGUGUUAGCAAAGAACUUUUCUGCAGCACACAUCAAGGAGAGGACGCGUGAUCCGAAGUACGAUGAUGCAACCAACGACAGAAUGGAUAUGAUAGAGGACAUGCUGGACAAUUUGCACGGCAAAGCGGAGGUGAUCGGUGAGAAGAUCAAGGCGCAGGACCCGCUCAUCGGGAAGAUGCAGCAGCUGACCCAGCAAAAUCGAGAGCAGAUGAUGGAGCAACGGGCAAGGAUGGGUGACGUCAUGGAGCAGUACGCGUGAAAAUGUUCCUGUCGAAGCGAGGUAUGAACCAAUGAACGCCGACCUCUGUCACUCGAAGAUCUGCCACGUAGACAAAAUGAGAAGCCGGUGUUUUCGGUUUCGCCCCCCGUUUUUACAAUUACUUGGUACAACGGCACUUGGCCUAUCAAAUUCAAGGUCCUGUCCGGGUGACAUGGACAUCGCCCGCAAAAGUGUCCCCCCAUCCCGAUCUCUUUCUCUUGAUAUCUCCAUCCCUUUAUCAUGCACAUGCAACUAGGACGCAGGAGGAGUAGAAAGUCCUUCGAAGGGUUGGAUGAAGAUGUUUCUGGUUAUGCGACAUUGGACUAACGUGAAGAAUCGACGCGCAUUUACAGUAUACAUGAACAUCAACAACAAGGCAACAACAUUGUUUUCGAAACGCGUUCGGAAAAAAAAAUAGACUCUGGAAUAAACUGUGUAUUUUUUGCGGUCGCUCAAGUCC